AUGCAUUGCAAAAGUACACAGCUUUUUCAGGAGAGAACGACACUUAUUCUUCACUGGUUCGACCUAUGGACGGACGGACAGAGAAAACAUUUUCUUCAUCUGUUGUUCGGACGAUGUUCGGAAUCCCAGCUCAAAUUUGCCAGUGACUAUGUUAUUCAAACAGUCCCUGUGACACGAUUGGAUUUCACCACUGUGCUGCCACGUUUUCUGUCUCUUUACAUCCUGUCCUUUCUAAACCCCAUGGACCUGUGUGCUGCAGCUCAGGUCUGCUGGUACUGGAAAUUCCUAACAGAGCAGGACUGCCUGUGGGCUCCAAAGUGUGUUCGCCAAGGCUGGUUCCUUACCUACAGAACAUCGGACAAUGAAUACGGCGCCUGGAAGAAACACUAUGUGGCCUGUGCUUGCAGUCUGGAUUUUCUGUCCCCUCGUGAAGCAGCGGACAUCUAUGGCACUUUAAAUGAAACUUUGAUUGAAUCGGAAGAGAAAGACGAGAGACAAACUGAACAGUCAAUCAGACGUGCCAUCCGUGAAAGAAUAGCCCAGUAUAAAAAAGCUGAUCUGAAGAACAGGAGGGCAUGGUUAACCAAUAGCUUAUCAGAAGGAUUGUGUGCCAAAAGUACAAGACAGGAGUCGAGUCUAACUGCAGCUCUGGUUCGGCUAGGGGAUAAGUGCCGAAUGGAAACCAUGUCCAGCAUUAAAGAGCACAGAGCUGAAUUGAAAUCCGUGCUAAAUUCAACUAAUGAGAAUACAUGGUGCAACAGUCCAAUGAAAGCUCUAUCAACAAGUUUGCACUCAAUAUCAUCUGUUAGAUCGAAUAACCACUCUUCGUUUCUCUUGCUACUUGUGUCAACUAGACUUCCUGCAUAUGAGUUGGUCCUGUGUGGAGCUCUGGCCAAUGUGGUGCCAUUGUUGUACGACUACAAUGGCAUGAGCUUGGAGGCUCUAUACGCUAUGGCUGAGAGGGCAGUACAAGGCAGAGCUAUACAGAGUGUUGGCAUUAUGGCUGAAGGAAACCCAGAGGAAAUUCAGCUUCUUGAGGGCUUGACCAUCACUGAGAGGACCGUCCUAAAACCCAAUGUGAGAGCGUUCUGGGAAAAGUUGUGCGACUUGAUGGUACCUGCCAAAGAAGCCGGGAGUCUUGAUAUCUUUGUUCCUCUAGCUGCUUCUGUUGCAGGUUUGGAGCUGAUCAGCAAACUCUCUGCUUUGACUGGUUUGAGGGUCAGGGCACCUAGAGGAAUCUGCACCGGCUUAUACCAGCACAUACUGAGUGAGUGGAUGGGGAGUGGUGAAUUUCCUCCACUGCUGUACCUUAAUGAAGGAUCCUUCCUGUCGUGGUGUAGGCAGGCAGACUGGAUGGAGCAGUCACUGCGGGUUCUGAGAAAACAUCUGGCACAACAGCUGCAAAUUCUGAGUCAUGAGACCAUGAGCCGCACACUUGGUCAGUUCCUUUGGGAUCAUAUAAACUUGCCUGUUAUGAAUCUUAAAUCUGAAGUCAUUCAAGUUCUAAUACAGGGUCUUGUGGCAGUAUUAAAAGAAACAAUGGAUAAUCCACUUGAGUUUUUGGGGAAAUUUCUGCUAAAUAAAGGUGUGGAAGGCAAUGUGGACAAAUCCGACCCAGUGACUUUGCCAGAGAGUCGAUCUUACAGCAUUAAGCAUCUUAACUCUGUCCACGAGGUUCCAAAGAGUCUGCUGGGUGAUGCAGACUGGCGGAAUGCUGUGGCUAAGGAGCUUCUGAGCAGUGAAAAAGCCUAUGUGCGUCUACUCCAAGCUAUAUACACUGUGUAUUACGUUCCACUCCGAGCCGCUCUGGACUCCAAUCGAGCUAUUAUCAGCUCCGCCAAUCUCUUGAUGGUCUUUUGCCCAUUACUGGAUAUCCUAGAGGCCAACAGUGUUUUCCUGCAGGACCUUACAAAGAAGUUGGAUGAUUGGAGUCCUCUGCAAUGUGUAGGGGACGUGUUUGUCAAAUUCUUUACCAAUCUACGAGCUUACACUAAUUUCUUCAACAACUACCCAACUGCCAUCAAGAUCAUAGAUAAGUGCACAGAGAUGCUUCCUGCAUUUCGGGCAUUUCUGACAAGGCAUAACAGAACCCUCGCUACUAGGAUGUUAAGUCUUCAGGAGCUGUUUUUGAGUCCGUCCUCGCGGGUGGAGGAAUAUGUGAAUUUGCUGCAGUGUUUAUUGCUACACACACCUUCUGAACACCCCGAUCAUGCGAACAUAUCCUCUGCAUUAAGCACACUGCUGAAUUACAGGAACUUCGUCCGCAAGCUGAAAGAAAGUUUAAUCCAGGAACAGAAAAUGCUGGAAGUGCAAAAGACCAUCCAGAGCUGCCCAAAUCUACAAGAGGAAAGCCGAUACCUGAUCACUGUGCAGGAUGUGGAAUUAUUGAGCUGCAUUAAUGAAGACAUUGCUCCUGCCCUCAGGAUGUACGAGUGUGUCGGGGAGUUGGGAUUGUUCUUGUUUAAUGAUGCUCUGGUACUUAGUGAGAGAAGAGAGUCUCAUGUGCCAUUCGCUUUGGCUGUGAACGUCUCUCACACGUUCCUGGCCUCUAUAGCCCUGCACAGCCUGACUGUCUCUGAGAUAGUGGACACAAAGUAUGUGCAGAAUGCUUUUUACCUGGAGGGUCCGACACGCAAGUGGAUCUGUACCACAAGCAGAAAAGAGGAUAAGAUCAGGUGUCUUGGGGCUUUGCACACUGCUAUAAACGCAGCCAAAAACAAUUAAAUCGGCCAGUGAAUAUGAUGUAAACAGUUCAAAA